CGAUUUACUGAUUCAAUUUCGAUUGACUAUGACAAAAUUUCAACUCGUAGGCUAUAUAUAGAAAUUGAGCGUAACAGAAGUGCAUUAUUCCACCAAACAGUUAUCAAGAUAUGGCUUUUCUUGCUGUAACAUCUCUCAUGAGAACGUUAGAGCUUCAGUUCCUACACCCCCAACCACGUGUUAUUCUCACAAACAAAGAGCAGAUCAAGUCUCUUCAUGAAAAACUUGGCCAUUUCCUAGUUUAUCUUGAGGAAUAUGAGAAGAAAUCCACCAAUUGGGAGGAGAUUAAAGAAGUCACAAAAAAAAUAAGAGGAGUGAGUGUGAAGGCAGAAGAUGACAUUGAAGCAGAGCUGUUGAAGGCUCAUCAUUAUCACAAACUUGAGAAAACCUUGCAACGAGUAGUGCAUGAGGUUGAAGAGCUGAUGCAGAUUACAAGAAACACCAACCACCACCUUGGAGCUAAUGCAAUGGUAGGACACUCAGAAGAACUGGAAAAGGUGAAGUUUCAGCUCAGAGAUGACAAGCUUAAACAACGCCAAGUAAUGGCCAUUGUUGGCAUGGGUGGCAUUGGCAAAACAACUUUUGCUAAAAAAAUUUAUAAUGACCCUCAAAUCAAAUCUCAUUUCGAUAUUUGUGCUUGGACAACCUUGUCCCAAGAGCAUAACAAACAACAAGCUGUUACUGACCUCAUUCGUUGCAUCUUGCUAACGAGGAAGAAGAAAAUAGAAGGUGAUAAUCCAGAAGACCUACUGCGUAAAAGUUUAUUGGGCCAGAGGUACCUUAUUGUUGUGGACGACAUAUGGACUACUAAAGCAUGGGAUGAUAUCCAAAUAUGCUUUCCAAAUGAUGGAAAUGGGAGCAGAAUUUUGUUGACCACUCGGAUUAGAGAGAUAGCUCAGUAUGCCGACUCUGGUGAGUAUAACAUGCGUUUGUUAAAUUCAAAAGAAGGUUGGGAUUUAUUUUACCAGAAGUUUUUGGCUAAAGAAUUUCUGAAUAAUGAAUUUGAAAAAAUAGGGAAGAACAUUGUUCAGAAAUGUCAGGGUUUACCACUAACAAUUGUGGUGUUAGCAGGGCUUCUCUCUACUAUCAAGUCAGUAGAUGAAUGGGAAAACGUUGAAAGAUCAAUAAAUUCAUUGCUGACUUUAAAUCCUUCUGAACAAGUUUCAAGAUUAUUCAAUUUGAGUUACAACAGUUUGCCUAGGGAUUUGAAGUAUUGCUUUUUGUAUUUGGGACUUUUUCAUGAAGAUUGUGAGAUUCCAAUUAAAAAUCUUAUUAGGUUAUGGAUUGCCGAGGGAUUUGUAGGGACUAUGAGUCAUAGCAAGAGGCCAGAAGAAAUAGGUAGAGAUUAUUUGCAAGAUCUUAUUGAUAGAAGUUUAAUAAUGGUUCAUAGGAGAAGCUUUGAUGGAAAAAUCAAGACUUGUAAGAUGCAUGAUCUGUUACAUGAGUUGUGCAUAAGCAAGGCUAAAAUUGAGAACCUUUUGUACCUUGAAACUAAGGGUAGUAGCGAUCGUUUUGGUCGCUCUAUUCGAUUGGGUGAUAGCCAUUGGUUAAGCCUUAAAGUAGCAAUUCCAGCUUUUCAUUUGGUCAUUGCUUCCGAGAAAUGCCGUUCCAUUUUAUGUUUUAAUAUGGCUGUAAACUGUGAUCGUGAAUGGUAUUUGCGUGCCAACUCUUUUAAGAAUUUAAGAGUGUUAGACUUGAGCAAGAUUAACUUCAAGGACGGUAUGCCUCCAGAUAUUACAGAUCUUGUUUUCCUAAGAUACCUAGCAUUAGCCUCAAGUGAGCUUCUAAACCAUAUACCUUUGUGGAAGAAUUUGAACCUACAGACACUAAUUAUCAGUGAAGAUGACAACGGUUGCCGCAAGAUGCCUGAUGGAAUCUGGGACUUGCGACAAUUAAGGCAUCUGGAAUUGUACCACCAGGUUUCUAUAGAUCUUCCAAAAGUGGUUCAACAGAAUCUGCAGACACUUUAUUGGUUGUCUGCCUCAGAGUGCACAAUGGAAGUGUUUAUGAGAAUCCCAAAUGUUAAAGAGUUGGGAAUAAUUGCAGGAGACGAAGCCGCCGCCUCGCCUCAGGAGGGCUUAAAUAAUCUGUCUUGUUUAAGUCAUCUUGAGAAGCUAAAAGUUCAGGGCUCUUACCAUCCAGCUUCACACCUACGUCCACAGGCUACUAUCUACCCACAAAACCUUAAGAAAUUGACAUUUGUGAGAACUCUUAUACCAUGGGAGGACAUGAAUUGCAUUAGUGUGCUACCCAAUCUUGAGGUGCUUAAACUCAGAAACUUUGCCUGCGUGGGAUCAGAGUGGGAACUAAAUGAAGAAGGUGGCUUCCCACAGUUAAAAGUUUUGCUCAUUUCUCUUACAAAUUUGAAGGAAUGGAAGGCAAAUGUUGACCCUCCAUUCCCAAAACUCGAACGCUUACUCUUAAGAAAUUGCUUUGAGUUGAAAGAGAUGCCGGAGUGGAUUGAAGAUGCCAUCACACUCCGGUUAAUUAAGUUGGAGUAUUGCUACGCUUCCCUUGUGGGUUCUGCUCAGAGGAUUAAAGAAGAGCAACAUGACAACUACGGAAAUGAUAUGUUAGAUGUAAUUGACUCCAAUACUUUAUUAGACAAGGACCAUGCUAUAGAAGAAGAAGAUUCUAAUGAACAAACCUGCAGUGAAGUUGAAUGUGUUCGCCAUGGUUUAACUACUAGGCUUUGGUUUGAAGCAAGGAGGCUAUGGAUCGAAUGGGGUGAUGAUACUAGGUAUUGGAUUUGGACAAGGGACUAUGAAUUUGGAUGUGAGGUUGCGAAGCUUGAGAAAGUUAGCUGGUUCGAAAUCAGAUUAACCUUUGACGUUCGGUGCUUAUCUAAUAUGACAUGUUAUUCUGCCUACCUUGUUUUCAAGCUUGAAAGUGGGCGCUUUCGAGAUGUCAACACAGCACUGGCAGGUGUGAGAUAUGUGAAGGACAAGGCCAUAUAUGGUUGGAUGCGUGGAGAGAAUCGACACUCUCAGGUCUUUCUUGCAAAGACGAAAUCUUAUGGGGACUGUGGUCAGUUUCCUGAGAGCCGCUCUGAUGGGUGGAUGGAGAUCAAGCUCGGAAACUUUUACGUUAGUAGUGGGAAUGAAGGUGAAGUUGAAUUGCAACUGUGGCAUGCAUCAGACCAGUUCUGGAAGUCUGGUUUUAUAGUGAGGGGCAUUGAAGUUCGACCAUCAGUAAAUGAAGGAUAAGAAAGCUACCUGUUGAGUCUUACUAUAUCAUCCCAUGUCUUUACUGGCCGGCGUUGUGUUGUCUUAUUAUUUUCUGCAUUCUGGCAUAUUUCAGUUUGUCCGACCAUUAUUAUAUUUCUAAUAAGUACGAAUAUGUGUGUUGUGACACUUAUUUAUGUUCAUGCUUUUGAGUAUACGUUUAGAACUAUGCAAUGUUCCGCUGCUAGUUGACUUUGAAUAAGUGUAGUGAUCGAGUGACAGAGUUGCAUGUUAUAUUAUGUUCUACUUUCUCGGCU